CGCGUCUUCUCCAAUCUAAGUGACGCCAUCAUCACUUCUACACGCUAGAGAGGUUGUCGUAACGUAUCUUUCUGUCAUGGAUUCUUUAACCGAAACAAGUGCUCAGAGUAGUCGCAAGAGUAACCCCGUGAGAUGGUUUCCAGACCUUUCUCAACGCAAGAGCAGUGUUGAUGCCAACAGUGUCAAGAUGAAGAUUGUCAAGUGGUUUCCGGACCUGCAUCAAUGUUGUACAAGCAGAGGGGAGAAGCAGAACCCUCUACCGAAGGUCAGCGCAAAUGGUGAAAAGACCACCGAUGUCUGCUUGUUUUCGAAGCGUCCGCGAUCGAACAUGACAACAAGAACGGUUAUUACGCCAUGCCGAGCAGCAAACACAGUGAUGGGUGUCUGCGCAGCUGGCAACCCAGGGAAGCGCCAGUGCCCGAACGUUGAAGGCGAACAAUCCAGAGAGAGAGACGAUGUACAAGACAUGAGCGAGAACUUCGUUGUGAAAGAAACGCUCCACGGCAGCGUGGCGCAAGAAUUACAAGACAACGGCACUGAGGAAGAGGAACCUAGUGACGACGAUGAUGAGGAGGGCGAAUCGAGUGACGACGAUGAGGAGGAGGAGGAAACGAGCGAGGAUGCUGAUUCAGAAGACACAGACUCUGAGGAUGAUGAAGGGAAGAACGAGUCGGGAAUUGAUGUCGACAUGUUCAAGAAGAGUCUAUCUGGAGAUCUUUUGGGAGAAGUGAAGCAAAUAAUAGCACAGGAGGUGAGAAGAGGACUGUACAGCAAAUCAAGCAAGAGUGAGAAACCUGCUUACAACUUGGGAAAGCACGGCACGAACGUAAGUGUGUACAACAAGAAAGCUAACUACCACGUGAACAUGAAGAAUGUCGAAGUAGUUCUGAAGGAAGAUUGCUGCAAGGCCAACUGUUACAAGAAGUUCACGUCGGUAGAUGUUUUCUACAAGCGCAAAGAAUUUUGGGCGAUGAAACAACCUAAGCAACUCAACUUCUUUCUCGCAGAGAUGAGGGCUGCGUCGUACUUUUCGGAUGAGGGAGAUUUAGUGGUGUUAAGAGUGACAUUCAACGACGUAAAGGUUUGCACAAAAGUGUGGGGAAAUCUGUGAUGCUCGACUACACGUGUUGCAAAGAUACGAAAAGAAUUCAGAGAAGGAAUAAAUAUAGUUUUCGUGA